AUGCCUGGAGAGAGCCCAACAUCCAACAGCAGUUCCUUCAAUGAGUUUUUCCUCCUGCAAUUUGCUUACAUGCGGGAGCUGCAGCUCUUGCACUUCUCSCUCUUCCUGGGCAUCUACCUGGCUGCCCUUGUGGGCAACGGCCUCAUCAUCACAGCCAUAGCCUGCGACCACCGCCUCCACACCCCCAUGUACUUCUUCCUCCUCAACCUCUCUGUCCUUGACCUUGCCUCCAUCUCCACCACUGUCCCCAAAUCCAUGGCCAACUCCCUCUGGGACAACAGGGCAAUUUCCUAUUUGGCAUGUGCUACCCAGGUCUUCCUGUUCAUCUUCUUCUUUGGAGGGGAGUUUUCUCUCCUCACAGUCAUGGCCUAUGACCGCUUUGUGGCCAUCUGCAGACCCCUGCACUAUGCGAGCCUGCUGCGCAACAGAGCUUGUGUCCAAAUAGCAGCAGCUGCCUGGGCCGGUGGCUUUCUCAAUGCUCUCCUGCACACCGCUAACACAUUUUCAACCCGACUGUGCCAAGGCAAUGAGGUGGAUCAGUUCUUCUGUGAGAUCCCCCAGAUCCUCAAACUCUCCUGCUCACACUCCUACCUCAGAGAAGUCGGGGUUUCUGUGCUUACUGCCUGUAUAGCCUUUGGUUGUUUCAUUUUCAUUGUGGUGUCCUACGUGCAGAUUUUCAAGGCUGUGCUGUCGAUGCCCACUGAGCAGGGCCGGCACAAAGCCUUUUCCAUGUGCCUCCCGCACCUGGCCGUGGUCUCCCUCUUUAUCAGCACUGUAUUUUUUGCCUACCUGAAGCCGCCCUCCAUCUCCUCCCCCAUACUGGAUCUAGUGGUGUCUGUUCUGUAUUCGGUGGUGCCUCCAACACUGAACCCCCUCAUCUACAGCAUGAGGAAUAAGGAGCUCAAGAUUGCCCUGAAGAAGCUGAUUUCAUGGACUUUUUUCAGCAGUGCUAACAUUUCCAUCUCUCUCCACAAAUGA